AUGGAGUCAACCAAAAGAUUAACGUUUAGUGUUACAAGAAAAUCACCAGAGCUGCUUUGUCCAGCAAAGUCCACACCACAUGAAUUCAAAAUUCUCUCUGACAUAGAUGGCCAAAUUUUCAUCCGAAAAUAUAUCAAAAUAAUAAAUUUCUACAAAAAGAGUCCAUCCAUGAAAGGGAAAGAUCCAGUGAAGAUUAUUCGUGAGGCUAUUUCCAAAGCCUUGGUCUUUUACUACCCGUUGGCCGGGCGGUUGUUAGAAAACACUGGUCGGAAGCUCGUGGUUGAAUGCACAGGCCAAGGGGUAGUAUUCGUGGAGGCCGACACGGAUGCAACGCUACAGCAUUUCGGAGAUGCCCUUUAUCCACCCUUUCCCAACUCGGACGAACUUACACUUGAUGUACCAGACAACCGUGGAAUAUUGGGUGAUAUUCCACUUAUGUUCAUUCAGGUUACAAGACUAAAAUGUGGGGGAUUUGUCUUUUCAAACAACUUCAACCACACAAUGUGCGACGGUGUCGGCCUUUCCAAAUUUCUCUUCGCCGUGGGUGAACUUGCUCGGGGAGCAACGUUCCCGUCUGUUCGACCGGUGUGGGACCGACAUCUUCUCACUUCCGGCAUCCCACAUCAUGAACAUUUAUAUGAUGCUGGAACUGGUGAAACCCAUGUGCCGAUGGAUCAGAAUCAGAUGGUGGAACGCUCCUUCUUUUUCACCUCCGCCGAAAUCUCCGCCCUCCGGCGCAGCCUGCCACCGCAUCUCCAGAGCUGCUCCAAAUUCGAAAUCGUGGCAGGCUGCGUGUGGCGCUGCCAGACAAUCGCUCUCUCUCCCGAACCCGACGAAGAGAUGAAAUUCAUAGGCGUUAUGGAUAACCGAAAGAAUAUAAAGCCGCCGCUUCUGGCGGGAUACUACGGCAACGUUUUUAAAUUGUUGGUGGCAGUGACGACUGCUGGUGAGCUGUCAAAGAAUCCGCUGCACUACGCAGUGGAGUUGGUGAGGAGCAUGAAACACGAAGCAGAGACUACUUGUGAGCUGUCAAACUCAGCGGAUCUGAUGGUGAUACCAGAUCCGCUGGGUUUGACAGCUGGGAACACUUAUACUGUGUCGAAUAUAACGCACUUGGGAUUAGAGCGAAUGGAUGUUGGGUGGGGCACGGCGGCCUACGGUGGGGUCCCCAAAGGAAGUUAUUGGCCGACCGGUAUUAGUCAAGUAUCUUGGUACUUAGGGUUUAUGGAUGGUAUCGUGGUUCCAGUUAGCCUUCCUCUCAAAUCCAUGAAAGUCUUCGAGAAACAUCUCCAGAUCAUGAUCACUACUGCUCCAAUAUCAUCGUCGCUCUAAUAUUUUGUAACUAUAAGCUCAUUUCUGAGUUUUUUUUAUCGGUUCUUUUCCAAAUUACAGAAUAAAGUAGAACCGUAUAGGAACAUAAUGAAGUCUAUAAAUAUGUACUCUUUCCUUAUGGAUAAAUAAAUGGAAAUUU